AUUGUAUGCACUUUGUUCCAUUGAGAUCGCCUCUCAUCUAUACUUUCCCACAAAACCAACUAUCAGGUUCGGAUGAAGGGUGAUUGUGCGUUGCUUUGCUGUCAGGCAUUCUCAUCCAUUUACGGCUUACGCACGGUUCGCCAUGUCCGUAACAAUCCACCUGGAUCGGCCUCAUAAGCACUUCACUAACCUCGACUUUCUGGUCGGGAAAGUGGUGCUCAAUUUAUCCUCCGAAGCGGCUAUAGGAGGGAUCCAAGUGAAACUCGAGGGUGAGAGUCGUACGCGUCUUGCCGGCCCGCGGAACCCGCAUCAUGAGCAGUCAGACAAGAAGCGGACGGAGAUCGAGGUUCAUAAGAUCUUGUACAAGGUCGCUACCGUCUUCCCGACCCCCGAAGUUUUCAACUCGAAAACCCCCGAGCGGGUCUAUACGUUCGCUAGAGGCAGCUAUGAAUAUCCGUUCAAGUUCAAGUUUCCGUUCAAUAAUGCUUGCAAUUUCCAGAACAGCAUGCUCACCAAUCUUAAUAUUACCGGCCUUAAAGUCGAGGUGGCAAAGGAUACCCAUCGCCAUGUGAAGAAGACGCUUCCGCCAUCUCUCAGUGGAUUCCCCGGGAUGGCCGACAUCAAGUACUAUGUCAAAGCUACGGUCAUUCGUCCGCAGUUCUAUAAGGAAAAUAUCAGGGCGAUCACAAACCUGAAUUUCCUGCCAAUUGAACCUCCCAGAACAGGACAUCCGAGCGAAGAAACCUAUGCCAGACGCCAACAUCAGUUUUCGAAUGCCCCUCCUGCUCCCAAGAAGAAAGGCCUCUUUCAGAAAAUGUCGAGUAAUUCGCUUCGAGAGACCACCGCUGAUGGUCCUCGUGUGUCCGCAGAUCUAAGAUUACCUAAUCCCUCCAUCCUUACCUGUAAUGAACCUAUACCGAUGCGGAUUAUCGUCAAGAAAUUGUCCGAGUCGUAUGAAACUAUCUUUCUCCAGAUGCUUCAGGUUGAACUGAUCUCAUAUACACAUAUUCUCGCCCAUGAUCUCAAGCGGACAGAGAGUGGUACCUGGAUCAUUUUAAGCUGCAGCAACAUGGCCAUGCCUCUAGGCAGGGGAGGAGAUCCUACUGAGACCGAAUGGACUUUGGAUGCUAACAUGUGGAAUCGCAUACCGCUCCCUAGCACUGUAGCCCCAUCUUUUGAAACAUGCAAUAUCUCCAGGACCUACGAACUUGAAGUCCGCGUGGGGCUGACACGUGGAUCAGUGGCUAACAUGAAACCUCAGCUUAUCGUGCUUCCUUUGCGCAUGCCGGUCAAGGUCUUCUCCGGAAUCGCACCUCCGCAGGCACUUUUGGAAGCCAUGGCUGCGAAUGUGCAAGUCAAGCCGACGACAUCCACCUCGAGUCAGCUUUUGAACGAUGGCUUGCCUCCGCCAAUGCCUCCUCGUCCGGACCUGCCACCUGCGCCUUGUAAUCCAAAAGACGGCUUUGACGAUGCACCCCCAAGCUACGAAGACGCAAUGGCUGACACUCUCAGCCCGGUUGAUGGCCCUCGUCGAGAGUAUAACCCACCAAGCGCCUCCUCCGAAAGAUCAUUUGAAUCCGGGGCUGAUGCAAGAUCUCCAGUUGGAAAGAAGCCUGAGGCAGCUAUCCCAUACGGCAAUGAGGAUGCCUAUUCUUCUACGGAAACCCUCGAUAUGUUACCUUCAACCCCACCGGAGUCCCGGUCUGGCUCACCUGUCUCUCUUGUUUCGCGCCAACAAAGCGUACUCAAAAUACACAAGGCCGUUGCCCUAGAAGAAGGCCCUCCGCAAUACCAAGCCAUAGCGGAUAAUCAACCCCAGCCAUCGGGGAGCCAAAGCGGUCGCGGACCAAAUCGGCCAGAGCCGCGCCCCAUGAACUUGGGAGUUCCGAAUCGGAAGCCGGUUCCUCGUAGUUCAAGCCGGGAUGUCUAGCGUAUAGCUUCUUCCUGCUAGCUUCAGCUUUCUGCACUUCAGCCAAGAGCAUCAUGUCACUACAUAUGCUGUGCGGCCGAUCAUUGCUUCUUUCUCUUUCGGGCCUGCAGUAUACAGUCAGCUGGCUAUAUACCCUUAAUGUGCAUCCAUC